AUUUGCCCCAACCCUUUUUAGUAGUUUUUCUACGUCGACUUUCAUAUUUCUCCCCAAGAUCCUACGACAAUGUCUCGCUUCCCUGUCAUUCCUCCAGAUCAACAGACGGCCGAGCAGAGCCUGGUCGAGCCCAGUGCUCGCCGCAUCUUCUCUCAUCUGCCUCCCGAAGUGCAAUGGCAGGGUCCCUCAGGCGUCAUUCUGGGCCCAUACUCCCCUCUGUACUACACCCCCUCCAUCAUCAAGCCCUGGUUCUCCUUCGCCUACUCCAUCGGGUCCCAACCCCACGUUACAGCGCGCGAGAAGGAGCUCGCCAUCCUCGCUACCCUAGCUGAACACAAGGCGCCCUUUGUCCAAUACGCCCAUUCACACAGUGCCCGCGCUGCAGGAUUCUCCCAGGAGCAGAUCGCGCAGGCGCUGCAGGGACAACACCAGCAGCCUCCUGCCGGGUUAUCGGAUGCUGAGCAGGCUGUCUACAUGGCAGCCUUGGCGAUGGCGCGGUCGAGGGGUCCUAUCUCCACGGAGGAUUUCGACACAGCAGUGGCUGCCCUGGGCAGGGAGAAGGUGGCGGAGGUGGCUCAUGUCGUAGGCGGGUACAUGUAUGUUUGCUUGCUGUCGAAUUUGGCAAACGAGGAGGUUCCGGAUGGGGAUGGGGCUGGUGAGGAGGGAGGGACAGGAGAUGAGUAGAGAGUUUGUGUGUUGAUAGUGGGGGUUGCGGGGUUUUCUGUGUGGUUUUUGAUCUGUGUUAGUUGUUGUCUUGAAUUGCAGGGCUGUUUCUUUUUUUGAAGGCUUGUUUGCGAUUUUUGAGAAGGACCUUGGAUGUACCUGGUUUGAGACAGAGAAAGGGAAGAAGAACAUGGACUGGCGUUGCCAAAGAUAGAACACUCUUUACAACAUGUAUUC